UCUCUCUAUCUAGUGCAAUCAAAGUUUUCGAAAGAAGUGAUUAUUUCAUCAAAACAUGGCUUCUAGUACUGGCAUUGCUUGUGGAGACACUAAAAUUGUUUCACCAAAAGGAAUUCACAAGGCCACGAUAGUCUGGCUUCAUGACAUCGGGGAGAAAGGCCGAGACUCAGCUAUAUUUGUACGUCAACUGAAUCUUCCAACUGUAAAAUGGAUUUGUCCGACUGCUCCAAGACGUCCAGUGACUUCCUUGGGUGGAACCCAAACUACUGCUUGGUCCGAUGUCACGGGAGUUUCUGAGAACAUGGAAGAUGAUAUGGUUUCUUUAAAUUCUAUAGCUGCGUUUGUUGUUAACCUUUUACAAGACGAACCAAACAAUGUCAUGAUCGGACUAGGAGGUAUCGGCUUGGGUGCAUCGGUAGCUCUCUACCUUGCGACUUGUUAUAUCACUGGAUGGCAGCAAACCAUAAGACUAAGAGCUAUUGUAGGGAUCAACGGAUGGCUUCCUGCUUGGAGGAACUUACGCCAAAACAUGUCAUUUAAUUAUGGAACCCCAAGUCUUGCUCCAUCCGUGCCGAUCUUACUUACACAUGGAACUUGUUUGUCUGAUGCUAUAGUUCCCCUCUCUGUUGGAAACAGAUGUCGUGACACUCUUCACAGGGCUGGAUUUCCAGUCACAUUCACACCAUACGAAGGAAAUCAUCAUGCUACAGUUCCCCAAGUAAUCAAUGUUGUUCGCAUGUGGCUCACAACGAACUUCCAACUGUAGGGUUAAUGCUCAAAAAUGUGUAGAGAAAGGAAUUGGAGGGCGAAACUAUUAUUUAUAUAUAUAAUAAAUAAUAAUAGCAGAUUUCAUUUUUAAAUUUCUCCUUAUUUGUGCAUAA